UUGGCAAGCAGUUUCGUCGGGUCCGAGCUGUCAUUUUGUGUGUCACUAAUUUUUGUUCAUUGUGUAGUAAAUUGGUGCUAUCGUGUUAAAAACAAUAAAUCCGAUCAAAGGUAUUUUUAUGAGGAAGAAAAACAGUAAUCGUAUUAGUGCAACGUGAGCUAUUUAACCAAACCGAUAUGGCAAACAGGACCGGAACAGCCCAGCGCCCCAACGGUUCAACCCAGGGCAAAAUCUGCCAGUUCAAAUUGGUGCUCCUUGGCGAAUCGGCCGUCGGUAAAUCCAGUCUCGUCUUGCGUUUCGUCAAAGGCCAAUUCCACGAGUACCAAGAGAGCACCAUCGGCGCCGCCUUCCUCACACAGACCGUAUGUCUGGACGACACCACCGUCAAAUUCGAAAUCUGGGACACUGCAGGCCAGGAAAGGUAUCACAGUUUGGCCCCGAUGUACUACCGAGGGGCGCAGGCAGCUAUCGUCGUCUACGACAUCACCAACCAGGAUACGUUCGGACGGGCAAAGACGUGGGUGAAGGAACUCCAGCGACAGGCGAGUCCCAACAUCGUCAUCGCCUUGGCUGGAAACAAGCAAGAUUUAGCCAAUAAGAGGAUGGUGGAGUUUGAAGAGGCACAGACGUAUGCCGAUGAAAACGGGCUGCUCUUCAUGGAAACGUCGGCCAAGACGGCUAUGAAUGUCAACGAUAUCUUCUUGGCGAUAGCCAAGAAGCUCCCCAAAAACGAGCAGGCGACGGCUCAGGGUGCGAGUGGCCAAGGAAGGAGGCUGGCAGAGGGCGACACGGGGGCUAAAGCCGCAGGCAACUGUUGCAAGUGAUGGCCCCUCCAGCCGCCCGGAUUUGUGUCUUUAAUCGAGUUGAAGGGACUGGACUGUGCGCUCGCACUUUAGUGAUAUAUAAGUGUAAUAAGAAGCCCUUUAUUAAUACCGUUACAACACUCAGUACACUGUCACUUAUUUUCGUUCUUUCUCUAGGAUCAAUUCACUUGGUUGCAUUUCAGUCGGAUCGUUUUUAUUUAUACAUGUAGCAAGUUGGUGUAACUAAAAUCUUGUGAUAAUAAUUUUGAGUUAGAGAGUGAUUCAAAUAACUUGAUAUUUGACAGUGUAGAAUUGGAUUGACGAAAUUUACGCACUCUCAAGUCAAAUUUUAUUCGGUUCUUUGCGUUUGGAUUAAGUGCAAUUAUGAGUCACGUAAGCUUUCAGGAAGUUUUGUCAAUCUAAUUGAUAGAUGAUUUAAAAUUUAUACUUGUGUGGGGUGUAAGUUAUAAAUCGUAACAACUUGCGUGUAUUUUAGUGUUUUUCAAAUUACCUAAUGUUUUCGAGUCCAAAAAUAUAAAAUUUAACCGCCGCGUUCUUUUCGAACCUUUUCAUUCUUAACAUGAUGCAUGACUGGAACUUUUAAACUUUUAGUACUAUAUGUAGUGAUUUUUUUUAUUUAAAUAAUGAAUUAGCAAAAACCGCUCAUUAUGUAAGUCAUGUGUCAUCCGGUCUCGGGAUCUAUCAAGAUUUCGGGGCCUUGAAGCCGACAAAUCUUGCUCGAUCUCGAGGCCUUUAGUCCUACAUUCGUAUAUAAAUAUAAUUUAGUAGAUGUACAAUGUAGUAAGGUGGUUGUACAGAUUUUAAACAUGAGGAAAACUAAUAUCGUAUGGUAUGGAUGUCUCUUUAUCCAUGAGUAUCACUGUAUUAUAUUUGAAUAUAUUAAAUUUAUUAUUAAUUAAUAAUUUUAUUUGCUUGCUUAUAUAUGGUUAUCAUUAUUCUGUAUGCACAGAAACUGAUUGUACAGGAAGUAAAUCAUACUCAAUAAAGUUAUUACAAUACAAAA